UCAGAACAAAACACGAAAAGAGACGAACGAAAGAUGGAUCGUGGGUCUGUCAAAUAAUAAUUUUGUAUUGAAAACAGUUUCAUUGUGAAUUAGCAAGAAGAAGUGUUGUUAUUAAUUUAAGGUUUAUAAUGGACUACUUGGCGAGUAUCAGCUGGAAUAAAGUCACUCCCUGCCUUGUGUUUUUAAUCUUUGAAGUUGUUUUAGAAUUUUCAGAGUGCGCGACGCAGGCGGAGGUCAAUAAGCAUCUGGAGUUGGGUAGAGACUUCUUGGCUCGAGGACAACUCUCUGACGCUUUGACUCAUUAUCACGCAGCUGUCGAAGGUGAUCCACAUAACUAUCUUACAUACUUCAAGAGAGGUACAGUGUAUUACGCCCUUGGAAAAGCAAAAUUCGCACUUCAAGACUUUUCAAAGGUGCUAGAGCUGAAAUCUGACUUCACAUCAGCGAGACUACAGCGAGCUAAUGUCUACCUCAAAUUAGCACAAUACACUGACGCCAAAAAUGAUUAUUUAGAAGUCACAUAUGCGGAUCCGUACAACGAAGAAGCAAUCAAUCAGUACCACAGGAUAGACGAGUACAUAGAGGAUCUGCGGCUGGUGGAGGCGUACUACCGCGGGGGAGACCACCGCGCCGCCGUGGAGCUGGCCACCCGCCUGCUCGACGUGUCCCCCUGGAGCGCACACUUGCGGCAGCUGCGGGCAGAGUCCUACGUGGCUUUGAAUGAUUUAUUUUCGGCCGUGUCAGACAUAAGAUCAGUAAAUAGAUUACAGCAAGACUCUACUGAUGGAUAUUACCGGCUCGCUACCUUGUUGUACAAAUUGGGACAUGUCAGUGACGCGCUCAAAGAAAUCAGAGAAUGUCUAAAAUUAGAUCCGGAGCACAAGAAAUGUUUUCCGUUUUACAAGAAGGUGAAAAAAGUGGACAAACUUCUCCAGGAGUGUGAAGACAAGAGUUCAGCGAGAGAUUUUGCAGGAUGCAUGAAGAGUGCUUCCGCUGUCCUGCUCGUAGAGACAGAAGUCACUCUGGUGAUCUUCGAGGCCCGAAGGUGGCUCUGCUCUUGUGCGGUGAAGGAGGAGCUGUACACGGAGGCGCUGGGGCACUGCAGCAGCGCGCUGGAGCUGCGCCGCGACGCGCGACUGCUGUGCGACCGCGCCGACGCGCUGCUCGGACUAGAGAUGUACGACGACGCUAUCCGCGCGUACAAGGAGGCCUUGGAGUUAGAUGAAGGGUUUCAGCGAGCGAAGGAAGGCCUCAGCCGAGCGCAGAAACUGCAGAAACAAUCCGAACAAAGAGAUUAUUACAAAAUCCUGGGUGUCAAGAGGACGGCGACGAAACAAGAGAUCAUCAAGGCGUACAGGAAGGCGGCGCAGAAGUGGCACCCGGACAGCUACCACGGGGACGAGAAGAAGUUGGCCGAGAAGAAGUUCAUCGACAUCGCCGCCGCUAAAGAGGUGCUGACGGACCCCGAGAAGCGCGCGCAGUUCGACGGUGGCUCGGACCCGCUGGACCCCGACGCGCAGCGACACGACGCCUUCCACUCGCCCUUCCACCACUUCCAGCACGGCAGCCCCUUCCAGUUCAAGUUCCACUUCAACUAACCUCACGACCGGCUCAUACUCGCAUUUAACUGUCGCGCCGUGGACCACGCACACGAGCGCCCAGAACUUACAAAAAUAAUAUUGUAAAUAAUUUAACUCAAUAAAUUGUAAAUAUUUAAAGACAUUGAAUAGACGAGGAAGCCAGAAAACUAGUCUAAGUUCGUUAUUAAAUGUUUUAUAAACAAAUCGCAAAUAUGUUUCUCUGCCCACCCCGCGCCGGAGUCGCCCGCGCGAGAUGACGUCACGCCGGGGGUUGCACGAGGAGACCCGGUAACAAUGGCGAUGUCUUAAUAUCUUUUGAAAUAUUAGAUCAAAAUAUACUACAUUAAUUUAUUUUGUUUGUAUUCUUGCUAUUUUAUUUCUCUACAGAUUUUUUUCUUGCCAUACUAAAAUUUAAAACUUGAUUCAUCACGUUAGCGACCAAAGCAAAAACACAUUUUGCUGUAAACAAUAAAGCUGAUAUUAGUUUUAUAAAAAGUCACUUUAUGAUUCUGUGAAAUGAUUUGUUUUCUACAAUAAUGUUUUGGUUGGCGAUUGCAAGAAGCCGGAGAGCCGUUUCAUUAGCUUAUUGAACUGCUUUUUCUCUUGGUGGCUAAAACACUCCUAAUAAUAUUAUAUACUAAUAUUACUCAUAUUAAAAAAGAUCAUUUUAACAUGAGUAAUAUUUGUAUCGUUUGAACAUUAACUACUGGAUUGUUGGCUUGUAUUCAAAUUACUAAUGCGUUCGAUAGAGAUCCGGCUGUGGAGUAAAGCUCAAAUGUACUGCACAAUGAAUAAGACAAUUGAAUAUAAUAAAAAAAAAACUAUUUAUUGUUAAAGUACAAAUAAUCUGCGACUGAUAUAUAACAAUAAGUCUAUUUAUAACUAUUAAUGUAUAAAAACUUAUGUUUUUAAGGCUUUUGCCUACUAUUGCAAUUAAAAAAAAAUCAGUCCUCUAUCUACCCGUCCCGCCCCGCCCCGCCCCGCCGAGCCACGCCGUCGCGGUCCGCGUAGUCGCUAACAGUGCGGGGCACACAGUGGAGCCGGACAGGUCCGCCGCUUGUGUUUCGAUUACUUACUUUAUACGAUACUUCUGCAGUUUAGUUACUCAUUUUCUGUGUUUUGUAUUUAGUAAUAAUUUAUUUUUGUUGUGACUUAUAUAUACCCUGUAAUUUUGUAAAUAUUCAAAGAUAUAAAUAAGUUAGCAUAAACGA